AUGCAGAAGAUUCCUUACGCUUCGGCUGUGGGGAGUCUAAUGUAUGCUCAGGUAUGUACACGUCCGGAUAUUGCGUACAUUAUUGGCAUGUUAGGCAGAUAUCUAAGUAACCCUGGAAUGGAUCAUUGGAGAGCAGCCAAGAGGGUUAUGAGAUAUUUACAGAGAACAAAAGAGUACAUGCUUACAUAUAGGAGAUUGGAUCAGUUAGAGAUCAUUGGGUAUUCCGACUCCGACUUUGCUGGAUGCCAAGACAGCAGAAGAUCCACAUCAGGCUAUAUUUAUCUGUUGGCUGGUGGAGCAAUUUCAUGGAGGUCUGCCAAGCAGACACUCAUAACUUCAUCCACCAUGGAAGCAGAGUUUGUAGCAUGUUAUGAGGCAUCCAAUCAAGGAAUAUGGCUACGGAAUUUUGUCACUGGGCUGCGUGUUCUGGAUGGAAUUGUACCUCUCGCAGAAUCAAAUGAGUGGGAUCAUCCCAGACAGCCUUGGAGAACUCUCAUCACUGGUCGUGCUAGAGCUCAAUGA